AUGGAUCAAGAAAACGGUAACAAUGAGUUGGCCUAUCAUGUGGCUGAAACACAGGACGAUUUGGGCAGACACCUGGUUGCCUCCCGAGAUCUAAGCCCAGGGGAUAUAGUACUGACUGAAAGACCUCUGGUCUUUGGACCCAAAGCCAUGUUGGAUCCUGAUGCCAUAAUGCCUUGUGUUGGCUGCUACAAACCAGUCUUGACUGAGACAGGAGAAAGAUGUGCUAAAUGCGGUUGGCCAGUUUGUUCCGGCAACUGUCCUGGACUACAAGAUCCCAGGCACCAUGCUGCAGAGUGCGAGAUUCUAAGUCUAAGACCAGAAUGUGUACUAACAAAUAUGUCAGAAUAUUACCGACACGAUGCUUUAAUGCCUUUGAGAUGUGCGCUGCUUGAGAAAUCAGAUCCUGAAGGAUUUGCGAAGUUGUUGGACCUACAGUCUCACAUGGAAUGUCGAGCACCCGGUUCUGAAGCUUAUGAUGAGGCCGAUGAAUUCAUCGUCGAAUAUCUAAUUAACAACUUCAUAAACAAGAUGGAUGAAAAACUUAAAAAGUCUUACGAUAUAACUUCUGAAUUACUUCAUAGAAUUUGUGGUAUUAUCGAUACGAACGCUUUGGAAAUUCGCCUACCACAAGGAACUGAACUCAGCGCGUUAUACGCCAUCACUUGUAAAAUGGAACAUAGCUGUGUUCCAAACACAAAGCACACAUCCUUUGCUUUUACACCAAAAGACAAAAACGAUUUGUAUGAAAUAACAAUAAAAGCAGUAGUUCCCAUAAUGAAGAACGAACAUAUAGCAACAAUGUACAGCCAUGCUUUAUGGGGUACUCAAGCAAGGAGACAGCACUUGAAAGAUUCAAAAUACUUCGCAUGUAAAUGUCCAAGGUGCAGAGAUCCUACAGAACUUGGUACGUACUUAAGUGCUAUGAAAUGCUUAGGUGAUGAUAAUAAACCUUGUGAUGGAAUACACCUACCAGAAGAUCCUUUAGAUGACGAAACAGAUUGGGUUUGCAACAAAUGUGCUAUCAAAGUGAGGAAUUCUCAAGUAAACAUGGUGAUGUCACAAAUGGGUGAAGAUGUGGAAACAGUUCUGAUGAUGGACGGCUCAGUAACAUUGCUAGAGAAGCUUCUAUGGAGACUGUCGACGUUCCUACAUCCAAAUCAUUACUACAUGUACUCGUUAAAACACUCUUUAGUACAGUUGUAUGGAAGGGAGCAAGGGUAUAUGUCGCUAGAUAUCUUGGAGAAGAAAAUAAAAAUGUGUAGAGAGCUCAUAGCAAUAACAAAAGCUUUAGAUCCAGGUAAUGCAAGACUUAGUAUAUACAAUAGUGUAUUGCAACAUGAAUUGUUUUCAGCUUUAGUUCUGAAAUCAAAAGAUAGAAGUAUUAAGAAAGUAGAUGAAAUCAAAUCGUUGUUAGCUGAAGCUAAGUUAGCUAUUGAGGAUGCUUUAAAAUCGCUUAAAGAUGAUUUGGAAGAAGUUUCAGGGAAGAAAUUGCAAUCCGUCAUUGAAGACAGUAAGAGAGAUUUUGAAAAUUUAUGUAAACAAAAGAAAUUGACGAUUUAAACUUUUAUUAUUGUUACU